GACUGGUUUUCUAUUGAUAAUACCUAGCUCAUGAAUAUUAAUUAACCUAUCGCACGGAUGCGCAACGUAAUGUAAACAUGGUCUAUUUAAUAAUUCAUUAGCUCGUCCGGUACCAUAGUAGGAUUCGUACCGUCGCUCCGCGGCAGCGUCAUGGAUGCUCAGUUGAACGCGGGGAUCGAGAGUCGGUCACAUCGCAGGACUGGAAGCGGAGCUGGUGGGAUUUAUGAGACUCGUCGCUAAAUAGUUUACCAGACUAAAGGCGUGACAACAUCCGCGCGCUGAGACGGACGCGUCGCGUCACAUCGGUGAAACAAAGCGUCUGUUUCGCAGCUCGCAAUAGUGGAAUCAAAAUGUCAGAUGCAGCUAACGGUACCGGAGCUCACGGACGCCAAUAGAGCAUUGUUAUUGUUUUUAUGCGGACGGGUUUUCUGUUGAAGGGAGAUGUGACGUUUAGAUUCAAACGUCCGAUUUCAAAUCUUUGAAAGAGCGAGUAAGUUGCGCGUGGACUUGGAUGGAGAGCAGGUGUAUGAACGCGUCACCAAGAGCGAUGCGAUUCUUCACUCGCGGUUAUUAGUGUUUGUAUAAUAUCUGAGGAUAAAUCAGCAUUUAUUUGAUUGCAAUGGUUUUUUUCCCCAUUGCAGUGCGAUAAGGUACCAGCCGCGUGAUGUUCAAAUUUACUGUUGCAUGCUGAAUCAGUGCAGCCGCUCGAAAUACACAUUUAAUUAAUUAAAUCUAAAGUGUCUUAUGUUUAUUUAAGAUUUUUUUUGCACAUUACUACAGUUUAAUUCUCUAUAGAUAUGCUGUAAAAAAAGUAAAAACAGUUAAUUGCACUUUUUUGGACCACUUUGAAGUGAACUACUCACAGAAAAUGAAUAGAAAAAUAAGUUAAAUGAAUGAAAACAAAUAUGUAAACAUUUGUACAAUUCAUAAUAUAGACAUGCUAUGGUACGAUGUGGUUUCUUGCUGAAUAUUGCAUUUGUUAAUUGAGUGGUUUUAUUGUUAACAUGGCUGUGCACCUCAUCCCAGGAAGGAGCAGCAUCAGAAUUGAGGUCCUGCAGUUAGAUUAAUUAAUUAAAUGUGAAAACGUAGUGGUCAAAAGUUAGACUUGUCACUUGAGUGAAAGCUUUAAACCCAGAGGAUGAUCCUGUCUGGAGUGGCUGGACUGCUGUCAGAGCGGCUUUCACAAGAUUAACAGCCCACGGCUCUUUUCUUUCCCUGCACCGCCUACAAUCCUGUCGUUAACUGGACUAUUCUCCGUCUCUACCUGUUUUUAAAACUUGUUUGUGCUAAAUGGGACUUAAACGAAGUCCAUCUGAAGCCACCAAUAGUUGCAUGGCUUGUAAAUCAUGAAUGAUGCUUCUAUAAGACUCAAGUAAACUAUAGUUAGAACAGUCAGGGUUCCAUUGAAGAAAUGGCAUUGUCUUUAAAGCGAGAAGCAGCUGACUUUUUUCUGCUGCUGUAAUGUGACACUGCAACAUCUUUUUGUGAAACGUGCCAAACCGAGAAGCAGCUGACACGUUGUAAAUAUGACUUUGUGACGUAAGGAGUCUUAACUUCUAGCAAAACAAGCCUGAUUCUGCUGCUGUUUGGAGAAGUAUGACAUUGUGAUGCUACAAAUUUAAGCGCGGCGAACCGAGAAGCAGCUGACAUUUUCAUUCUGCUGCUGUUGCGAAUAUGAGAUUGUGAUUCCGGGAGUUUAGUUGCGACAAACCGAACCUGAUGCUGCUGCAAAUAUGACAUUGUGACAUCAGGACUCGUUCUCUGAAGCGCCAGACUGAUGAGCGGCUGACACUCUCUUUUUUGCUGCUGCUGCUGCUGAUGAUGCUGCAGCUGCGAAAAUGCUGCGAUUCCCUGUGAAGAAAAUACGAAAGCAGUUCAAACUUCUGCUGCUGCUGGUGCUGCUCACUUUCGCCGUGUGGUUUACGUACCUGCACAUCAACCAGGGCAAAUCCAUCAAACUCCACUUCAACUAUGGAAAAGAUGGUGAGAGGCCGAUGGAGGGAACUGAUACCAGCCGGAAGAGAGACUCACGUUCAUCAGACAAGUACCGUAAAAGCGAAGACAGCAACAGCCAGGAGGAGGAAAAUGCACAGGAAGAUGAGCCCAACGCUAGCAUCGUUCAUGACAAAGAUCAAGCUGAAAUCCGCAAGUUCCUCGCACACAAGUACAAAAAGUUGCCAUGGAAACCAGAGUGUAAAGGACAAGCGAAUCUCCAUGUGUUUGAAGACUGGUGUGGUUCUUCAGUCGCUCAGCUCAGGAAGAACCUGCAUUUUCCUCUCUACCCCCAUACGAGAACUACUGUGAAGAAGUUGGCUGUGGCUCCAAAAUGGAAGAACUACGGCCUGAGAAUAUUCGGAUACAUUCUACCUUACAAAGAUGGUGAUUUUCAGUUUGCCGUUUCUUCAGAUGAUAACUCAGAGUUCUGGUUGAGUUCAGAUGACAGUCCUCUCAACGCCCGUCUGCUGGCAUACGUGGGAAAGCUGGGAUCUGAAUGGACCGCACCAGGAGAGUUUACCAAGUUCAGAUCUCAGGCGUCCAAGUCUGUGCAUCUCAUGGCCUCCAGACGGUACUACUUUGAGAUACUCCACAAGCAGGACGACAAAGGCUCGGAUCACGUUGAAUUAGUUUGGCGCCCUUUCCUGCCAGGACUCAAGUACGAGGUCAUCGAUUCCGCCUACAUCUCCUUGUACACAGAUGAGAGCAGUUUGAAGAUGAACCAUGUAGAUCACAUUCCUCAGACACUGGCCAGCCAUGACCCCGUCCCAGCGAAGACCCACACCAGCAGCCAACACGGCGCCGAUAUGCUGCAACCAGACCCCCGCGACACCUUCUUCAACAUCCCCAUGAUUGACCCCACUCAUCUUGAAAAUGUGUUGCCGGCCUGUCUCUACUCACCAACAUAUGUGGUCAAAGACUUCCCUAUCGCUCGCUAUCAAGGCCUACAGUUUGUCUAUCUUUCUUUUGUCUAUCCCAAUGACUUCACCCGCCUCACCCACAUGGAAAGAGAAAACAAGUGCUUCUACAGAGAGUCGCCCAUCUAUUUGGAGAAGUUUGGCUUCUAUAAAUACAUGAAGAUGGAUGAGGAGGAAGAUGACAGGCCAUUUUUCUUCCCUAAUCCUGAUGAUUUUCUUGAAGAAGAAGAGGGGGCGGAUCCAGAGGAUGAAGCACAAGUUGUUGGCACCCAGUCAGCAAAGGAAUCUGCCCAGCCUAGCCAAUCAAAUCAUACAUCAAGCCCCUCUGAAAAACCUGUUGCCACAAUGCUGGAGAAAAAAGAGGUAGAGCCGGACAACCCAGCAUUUAGGAGAGAGCAAAGGCGCUUUUUCACAAGAGCAAGGCAGGUGGUUGGGUCUCAACCUCAAGAGACGGACCAAGGCACUCUGGACCAUCAGGCUAAGGUAGGGUUACCAAAAAGUGAGAGUGUAGUACGAGGUCGUUCUCUCACUUGGGAUCAAAGAGACCGCCUGGACUUCAGAGAAGGUUGGUCAGAAGAUCGUUCACCAAAAAUAAGCAGAUCAGCUUUGCUAUUCCCACCAAAAUCUUCAUUGGUGGCCCUUAACAGUCGAGCCAAGCAAACCCUCAGCAGUCCUGCCCACACUGUCCCUUCCUCAGCUAACAAGCAUGCUCAUGACAACAGGCACAAUACUGGAAACAGCCACACCAACAAGGAACGCAAGAAAGAGGACAACAAAAUCUACGUCACAAGACCUCGCCCUGCUAAGGAGAAGCAAAGUCCCAUUUCACGCCAACCCAAAGAGGUCUUCCCUGGAGUUUUCCUGUAUCAGAACGGCAAAACCACAAAGCUGGUGAACCUCAGUGCCAGACCAAGGCUCAGUAAAGGAGCUCUGCGUGCAUCCCAGUUAUUUGUGCGGUCUCCUCUGCAAGAGAACAAGGUCUUUCCAGCGAGCCCCAAUUCCAGCAAGCCAGCUGAAAACCCUGUGGCCCCAAACCGAGCAGCAAUCCCAAGCCGCUUUGAGAGGAGGAUACGAGGCGUCUGGCAAAAACACCAGCAUCCCUUGAGGCCCAUCACAACCGCUCGACCCCCUCCUGCUGCCACCCCUCCGUCCGCUAACUCCUCUGAGAACAUGCUUCCGACCGAGCCUCUCCGUGUCACUUCCUACUUGCAUACCUCUGAGAUAACCGAGUCCCAACAGCAGCGGCCGGACACUGAUCCAGAACCGGAGGAGGACGGAGGCCUAUCAGAGUAUAGCUAUGAGGAUGUGGAGCCUCGCCCCGGGUGGGCAGAGGAGUCCAUUAAUUGGCAGAGGACGUUUUCCGUCAAUAGCAUGGACUUUGAGACAUUGCGCUCUGACUGGAAUGAUCUUCGUUGCAACGUGUCUGGAAACCUCCAGCUAUCUGAGAGCGAAGUGGUGGAUGUACUUUCGCAGUACAUGGAGAAACUCAAUGAACGCAAUGGAGGGAUCUACACUCUCCUCCGCAUCAUAAACGUAGAAAAGCGGCGUGACUCUGCACGCGGUAACCGCUACCUAAUAGAGCUGGAGCUAAUGGAGAGAGGGCGUAAAGUGGUCCGUCUAUCUGAGUAUAUCUACUUGCUGUUGCACCGUGGCCGAGUGGAAGACAGUCUGGAGAAUAUGGAAGGGGUCACAGCAUCAUCCCCCUCUUCCUCCUUCACCAGCCCACCUGCUCCACCGUCCCGCACACCUACCCGCGGGGCUCACGGCACCCCACAGUGGAGCACAGUGUAUGCCAAACCCCUGCUGUGCCAGCCAGUGAUGCUGCAGUGGAAAAAGGACGUCAUGGUGCAUUUUGUGGUACCAGUUAAGAAUCAGGCUCGUUGGGUUCAGCAGUUCAUUUCAGACAUGGAGUUCCUGCACCGUGAGACCAAGGACAACAACUUCAACAUCAUCAUCGUGGACUUCCAGAGUGAAGACAUGGACGUGGAGCAGGCUCUCAGAGGAAGCUCCGUUCCACGAUAUGAGUAUCUGAGGAGGGAAGGAAACUUUGAACGUUCUGCUGGGUUACAGAUCGGUGUGGACACCAUCGAGGACAGUCACAGUAUCGUGUUUCUGUGUGACCUGCACAUUCAUUUCCCUCUGAACAUCCUGGAGAACAUCAGGAAACACUGUGUGGAGGGCAAACUGGCCUUCGCUCCGAUAGUCAUGAGACUGGGCUGCGGCAGCUCACCGCAGGAGCCUGACGGUUACUGGGAGGUCAACGGCUUCGGCCUGUUUGGGAUCUACAAGUCAGAUUUUGACAAGAUUGGUGGGAUGAACACGGAGGAGUUCAAGGACCGAUGGGGAGGAGAAGACUGGGAACUACUAGACCGAGUUCUUCAGAACGGUCUGGAGGUGGAGCGUUUAAGACUGAGAAACUUCUUUCACUACUAUCACUCUAAAAGAGGCAUGUGGAACUCACAGGCCAGUAAAGCUCCGAAAGGAUAACGCUGAACCUCACCGAGAGACUUCAAACUAACCCGGCACAAUAGCAGGACCUUAAAGGACCAAUCGGUUGUGUCUCUGGGACCCUUUCGUGAGGCCCGUCUCAUGUAGGAGGACCCAAGCUGCUGUCCAAACCCAACACUCGAAAGAGACACAACAGAGACUCUCAUUCACUGAGCGUGUAUUUGUAUGUCUGUGAAGUCAGGAGUUGUGUUUUGGUAAACUUGAAUGAUCAUUGAAGAGUUAAAGGAAGUGGACAAUUGUGUCUCCAAACUAGCAGCUCAGGCACUUUGGGUCACAUAAAUAUGGUUUGCACUUAAGAUAUUACAUGCUGAAAUGAUUGUCUAAAGGAUUAGAUGUGCGCUGGUACUUAGACGUCUGCUUUUAUAUAGCUGUAAAUGUCACUUCCUGUUCAGAUGUGACACGUUCUUACACUUGAACUGUAGAAUUGAUAUUAAUAUGUGGCGACUCGUGUGGCUUUUCCUUUCUAAAGUCCUGCUGAACCUCCAGACACGACUGGACCAAGAACAGCCUGCUGAGAUAUUAAAAUGAAACUGAUCAGUCUUUGUAUUUGUCUGUAUGUCUGAGCUGCUUCUGAACUUCCUUGUUUCCGAUUGAUUUUCGUCUUUAUUGGCUAGUUUCACAGAUGCAGAAGAAACCUCCCAGACUGCUGUUGUAGUCUGGGCUUUAGACUAGUCUCUUUAAUGCAGUAUCCAUUUCUACAGAGUUUAACGGUAGUGAAAAAACAUAUUCUCCAGAAGCUGUGUGCCUUUCUUUGAUGUAAUUUAACAUGGCAGUGCAUACAGGGUUAGGAAGAGUCCCGAUGUGUAGCUGUCUGGAUUGUGUACGUCCCUAAAUAGUGUUGUGUUAUGGAGAUGAAUGAACAGUAGAUGAUGUUUAGAAAUAACAUAUUUCUUCAGAAUCUUUUUUUAAUUGAAUUUUAAACUUGUCCAAAGAUUUCACUAUCAUUUGGUCCAUUGUUCAAGAAAUGUUCCAGGUUAUUUUCUCUCUCAAAAGUGCAGCUUUUACCACAGAAAAUAAGACUCCUGUACAACAAAGUGUUUACUGUGAAGGACACAGAACAGAAGUAGCCUAUAAGGAGCAAGGCACUAAAUAUAGCAUUCUAGAUGCUAACAUGAGAGAAAUGUGGCAGAAUUAAUUAUUUCAAAUGCUGUAAGAACAAUAAAAAGAUGGCAAAUUAAGCAAAAGAUACCGGAAAUAACGUGUUGGCUAACUAUUCUGUUAGUGUUUACAUAAAGAAAAUCCAGCUUUGUCUGUAAAAUUCAUCUGCCUUAAACUAAUCCCAUAGCUAAAGGGUUGUUUAGACAUCUUUAAAGCUCAAAUAACACCUAUGUUUCUGUGAAAAUCGUUUAUAAACUAAUUAAAUACAGCUAUGGUUUCAGUUAUUGCAUCGUCUGGAAUAUCUUGCUCAUAGACUUCCAUUAUAAGAGCGUUACUGUAAAUGCGAUUCUUACAAACCAGACAACGAGUCGACAUUAUUUUCUGUGAUAAUCGACAGCAUUUUGUUUGACUUCCUGUAUAUCUGAAGAGCUUGUAGAUGAAAACUGUUUUACACUGACACGGCAGCUCGGGUGUCUGAAAUGGUGUUUCUGUCAUUUAUUUAUUUAACAUUUUAAUGCGUUUUGAUUCCAUAUCAGAAAUACCGAGAGCGAUCAGCCCAGCUUUUGUGAUUUUGAAACCUGAACUUUUUAAAGGAGUAGCCUAAAUCUUUCUUUUUCCUCCUGGUUCGAUGUAACUUCAGACUGCCGAAAACAUGACAGGACACUACAUUACGCCUAAAACAGGGAUCUGCAAUACAAGGUAAUUUCUGUGAAAUUGUUGUGUAGAAAUUUUUCAGAAUGUUUGCAUUUUAUUUCAACAUUUUUGGGUUCAUUUUUCUGAAAAAUAAAGUUUAAAGUUGAAGCAUCUC